UUGUUCUCUGUCUCUUUGUCACAGGUUAUUCCUGCGUUCUUAAUUGGCAAAGUAGUCGCGGCCGCCGACCGUGCUUGUACAAUGGUAAUACCAUCUUUUUACCCUCUUUUUUGUUGUAUGUUAGAAAUGUGAUAUGUCUUGAGUUUAAUAAUUUUUUACAUGUUAAUAUAUAAAUUUAGAACUCUAUAUCUGGCGACAUUGUUCCUUUCUAUAUCCAUUGGGACGGAAAUUUUGUCGAGAACAAUAAUGUACCACGAUAUAUUGGUGGCCGUAAAGAAUUGAUUGCGGUCCGACGCAAUAUCUCAUUUCGGGAUUUAGAGAUGGAAAUAUACAAUGUUACUAAUUAUGAUCGAGUGGAAGACCGUCUACGCAUCACGGUGAAAUGUCCAAUGGGAGGCGAAUGGGAAUUUGUUAACGUAUCAAAUGACAAUACACUAUCUGGCGUGAUGAGUAUAUUUCCGUUCCAUGGAUGUAUAAAAUUAUACGUGGAGAAAGAUGGGUCGACGGCACACGACCGUCCAAAUACCGUUCAUCAAACGGAAAUGUGUCGUACCCGCAAUGAUCAAAGGAAUUACGUCAAUCGCGAACGAGGUCGUACAUCAAGGUAUAAAGUAAUGAUCUUUAUAAAUUUUUUUCGUGAUUUCUCAAUUAGUUUAGGUGGGCGAAAUUAAUAAAUUUGUCUUGUAAGUGUUUCAGAGAGUUUGGAGUUCCAUCUCAGCCAGUUAGUGCAGCAUUGCCAUCUGCUGUGAUGGAUCCGUCUCCGUUGGUUGAUCAAAAUGAGUGGUCUACUGUCCCUCCUUAUCAAAGUCCACGACCAUCAUCUUAUGUUCACGAAUGGACGGAUUGGGAAGUCAGAACCACUAUCCCUCCUUAUCAAAAUGAAGGUCCAUCAUGUAGUGUUCAUCAAUGGCCGGCUUGGGAAGAAAGAAAUACUAGCCCUCCCUAUGUAGAUGAAGGUCCAGGAACAUCUAGUGUUCAUGAAUGGCCGGCUUGGGAAGAAAGAAAUACUAGCCCUCCCUAUGUAGAUGAAGGUCCAGGAUCUAGUGUUCAUGAAUGGCCGGCUUGGGAAGUAAGAAAUACUGACCCUCCUUAUGUAGAUGAUGGUCCAGGACCAUCUAGUAUUCAUCAAUGGUCGGCUUGGCCUCCUUAUCAAAAUGAAGAUCCAUCAUGUACUCAUCGUGAAUGGACCAAUCGGGGAGUGACUACAACUGAUCUAUUUGACGUAAGUAGAAAUGAUGAGGAGUAUGUUAGUGAAACUGAUGAAGAGAAUCAAGGGCGAAUUGAUGCUGAUUCUAGUGAUGACGAUGAGUCCAUUGUUGCGUGUUCUUUGGAUCCUGAUCAUGACGGUGGCUUGAAUGCCCUCGCAUGUGCCAUUCGAGAUGAAGAUGUUGAAUGGAUUGAAAACUCAAAUGCCAACAACGAAGAUGUACCGGACCCAGUGGAAUUCGUGGAAUUUGAAAACUCAAAUGCCUUAUGACGACGCAGUGUUAGAGACGCUCCCACCUUUUUGUCUGGCGGGGUCCCAGGUUUGGCGAUCGAGGACUACCUUAGUCUGCUUCCACAUUAUUGAGCUCCAUCAUCCUGAUCGUGUGCUUCGCCAGUUUGGGCUACUACAGCAUAUACCUGAACCUGUGCUUGCCAUACCUCGCAUCAAUUCACGAGGCAGAGCAGAUGAGGAUUGGGCGGCAUACCACGCCUCAUACAUUGAGCGUUGGAAUGAUAGAUUAGUAGAUAUAGCAGAGGUGGCCCCUGGGACAGAUCCAGAUCCGAUACGAGCUAUUACUGUUUACAUGCAGUGGUAUUGGACGAUCACCAGGAGGUGGAUAUCUAGACCUGUACAGCGGCCACCACUCGCCUAUCAGCCACGUGGACACGUCGAGCGAGUAUUGGUUGAUAUCGUGCAGAGAUCACAUUAUACGAUCAGACGUGUCCUACCCGAUAUUUCAGGAGGUGGAGUCUUAGCUACCCUAUCACAGGUCGCCGAUCAGAUGGAGGCAGUUCUGGAGACUUUACCUACGCUUCCACACUAUGUACCUCCAGGACCAGCAGACUAUGGUGGAGCAUCGACGUCCGGCCAUGCACCCGUAUAUAGUCCACCGAUGCCAUCAUCACCGAUAGGGGAGCCACCUUAUGCUGAUGUUACGGACCCGGCACCAGCACCAGUACCGCAGGAUCCAGCUCGAGCAGGUGAUAUUGUUUAUUUUAGGCGUCGACGGCGAUCGAGGUCUAUCCGUACAGAUCAGCCCUCCUCUUCAGCUCCUCCACGGCAAGAUCAGCCCUCCUCUUCAGCUCCUCCACGGCCACACAUACUACCGGCACAUGCUACUGCUGUGAUUGAGCCGGCUAUUGAGGGUGCUGCUAUAGAGCAUCUAGACCAGUUGGAGAUCUUGGAGCCUUUUGAUGAGCAUGAUGUUGGUCGUGGUCGCGGACGCGGACGUGGUAGGCGACGUGGUCGAGGAGGUCGAGGGAGGAGAACAUGAUAUUAUAUUUAUAUAUUAUUGUAUAACUUGUAUUUAUUUUGUAUAUUCUGUUUUGAUUAUUUGGUAUUUAUUAUAUUAUUGAGAUUCUAUUGGUUGUGAUGUUGUAAUGUGUAUUAAUUUUGUGAUGUUGU